AUGAACCUGUCCGAGAAAUGCAGAGGAAGGAUCACCCGAACGCAGGGCGGCCAUUCAUCCGCGAUCGACUAUGUACUGUGCAACGCCUCGGCAUAUAGAGAGGUAUCCAGCAUGAACAUAGACGAAGAAAAAGAAAUCCUUUCUUGGAGCGAUCAUAACCUCAUCACUGUCAAUAUAGGCGGAAAGAGGAACAUUGAACGACCAAGGAAGGUGCGAGUGAGGAUAUUAAGGGAGAUAAAAGCGGCAGAAGAAGCGUCAGAGAACAUAAAAAACCUAAUCAGAUCAAGAGGAUCGGUUAGUUAUGGUAACCUGAUAAACACCCUCCAAACCGCAAUAGCCCAUAAUACGAAACUCAUCCACCUAAACACGAACAAAAAAAUGCUGGUGCCUGAAAUAUCGCGACUGACGAGCAAGAGGCGAGCGUUGAAUCGUGAAUGGAGACGAGCGAGACACGCCGGAGUGGGCGUAGACGAGGCGAGACAGCGAUACAGAACUGCACAAGACGCAGUACGUGCCGAGGUAGCCAGACAGCUCCACCUCCGAGAUCGGAAAAUGUACGAUCAGAUUAUGAAUGCGCCCAGACAAGCCAGAUCCCGGGCCUUCUGGGAAUACGCAAGAAAAACAGAGAGAAAGGACCCAGCAAGGCUACGAGUAGUAAAUGAGAAUGGCCACGAAAUCCAAUCCUUGGAAAUGACGGCUCAUCUCACUCGAGUAGCGACGACCCUGUUGGAUGCAGACGGCAACACAGAGCCGCCUAUGCAUAAUCUUCUCUCUAGACCGCCGGUUAAUUUGGUCACAACGGGCGCGGAGAUUGGAACCACUUUGGUGAAAAUCUCCGAACACUCCGCCAAAGGACCAGACGAAAUACCGGCAAAGAUCCUCAAAGCACUGGAUGAUACUGGAUAUGAAUACAUAUCGGAAAUAUUCAACCAGAUCCUCAGGGGCACACAUGAAUUGCCGGCGGGGUGGAGGAAAGGGAGAGUCGCUCUACUUGAAAAACCGAACUCGGUUAAGGGCGAUCUCACCACUUACAGACCGAUCUGUGUAUCGGACGUCCUGUACAGAGUUUUCACAAGAAUUUUGGGGAAACACAUACAACAAUGGGCGGAAGAUACGGAACAGCUCUCGGAGAUGCAGAAUGG